CGUGGCCGGAUAUCCGUGUUUACUCGCACUGCUGUUGAUUAGUUGGCUAAAGAGCUGUGGCUUAUUAACCCUCGACUUUAGCGCGAGCCGGGAUGGUUUAGCGUGUCGUCCCCGGGCAGAGCCGCCACACUGCCCGUCACUAGAGAGAGAGACGCGGGGGGGAUGUCCUGUGCAGGUAUUUCGAGCCGAACUCUUGCUGAGGGAGGCGUUUUUUAAGCGUAGCUUGUUAGCUAGCUGCGCCGCGCGCGCGCACACACACACACACGCGCGCGCGCGCGCCAGGCUUUUUGUUCCGCUGCUGGACAGCUCGCGUUUUAACGCCGAAUUUCUCCGGGCGUGCGAAAUUGGGGGGUGUCAAAGUGGGUUAUUUGUUUGGUGGGAGUCGUGACAGGAGUAGUCCCUGGUUACCGAGCCGAACCCCGGGGCUCACCCCCGGUCGCCCGUCGAGUUCAUGGCCGGAAAUCCACGGAGGGGCGCCGGUCUGAUCGGCUUGAUGAAGGACGCCUUUCAGCCGCACCAGCCCCCGCUGCAGCCGCACCAGCCCGCCGUGGUGGACAAGAAGAUGGUGGAGAAAUGCUGGAAGCUCAUGGACAAGGUCGUCCGCCUCUGCCAGAACCCCAAGGUGGCAUUGAAGAACAGUCCGCCCUACAUCCUGGACCUGCUGCCCGACACCUACCAGCACCUCCGGACCAUCUUGUCCCGGUACGAGGGCCGGAUGGAGACGCUGGGCGAGAACGAGUAUUUCCGUGUGGUCAUGGAGAACCUGACCAACAAGACCAAACAGACCAUGAGCCUUUUUAAGGAAGCCAAGGAGCGGAUGUACGAGGAGAACUCUCAGCCCAGGCGAAACUUGACCAAACUCUCGCUGAUCUUCAGUCACAUGCUCGCUGAGCUCAAAGCCAUAUUCCCCAAUGGCCUUUUCCAAGGUGACAACUUCAGAAUCACUAAAGCUGACGCAGCAGAAUUCUGGAGGAGGGCAUUCGGGGACAAGACCAUAGUGCCAUGGAGAACGUUUCGUCAAGCGCUCCACGAAUUUCACCCCAUAAGCUCGGGCCUGGAGGCCAUGGCGCUCAAGUCCACCAUCGACCUCACCUGCAACGACUGCAUCUCUGUGUUCGAGUUUGACAUCUUCACCCGACUGUUCCAGCCGUGGUCGUCGCUUUUGAGGAACUGGAACAGCCUUGCCGUCACACACCCCGGAUACAUGGCCUUUCUAACCUACGACGAGGUGAAAGCCCGGCUGCACCGGUUCAUCCACAAGCCCGGCAGCUACAUCUUCAGGCUGAGCUGCACUCGACUGGGCCAGUGGGCCAUCGGCUACGUGACGGCCGAUGGGAACAUCCUGCAGACCAUCCCCCAUAACAAGCCCCUCUUCCAAGCCCUCAUUGAUGGAUACAGAGAGGGAUUUUACCUGUUUCCGGACGGUCGGGCUCAGAAUCCAGAUCUAACUGGCCUGUGUGAGCCGUCACCGCAGGACCACAUCAAAGUUACUCAGGAGCAGUACGAGUUGUACUGCGAGAUGGGCUCCACCUUCCAGCUCUGUAAGAUCUGUGCAGAGAACGACAAGGACGUGAAGAUCGAGCCCUGCAGGCACCUGAUGUGCACGUCCUGUCUGACGGCCUGGCAGGAGUCGGAGGGCCAAGGCUGCCCCUUCUGCCGCUGUGAGAUCAAGGGCACGGAACCCAUCGUCGUGGACCCCUUCCACCCCAAGGCCGGUGGCGCGUCCUUCGCUGGGUUCCAGGCCUCCAGCAGGGCGGACACCGUCUGCAACGAAGAGGAGGACGAUGAGCGCCUGGAGGACCAGAGUCUGGUGAUGAGCAGACUGGCCUGUAGCAAGGUGGAGCGCCCGGCCUCUCCGGUCUCGCAGCUGCCCCCGGUUCCUCCCCGACUGGACCUCCUGCAGCAGAGACCCUCCUGCUCUCACAGUCAUCUGGGUCAAGGAGCCACCGCCAAACAGAUGGCAGCGACUCACAGAGACAAGCCCCUCCCACUCCCUCCGGCCUUGAGAGAGUUGCCUCCUCCUCCACCUCCCGAGCGCCCCUCUUUGGUGGGCCAGGACUCCAGGCUGCAGAGGCGACCCCUCCCCUCCACCCCUGACCAGCCUGCGUGGGCCAGCAACUACAUGGUGCCGCGACCCGCCACCAAAGCGCCACCUGCUGUCUCCACCAUCCACCAGAGUAAUGGAGCCUGCGGGGAGGGAAUCAAGCCUCAGGCGGCGACCAACGCCAUCUACUGUCUGGCUGCGAGGUCUCUGCCAGCGUCGGCCGUGUCCAGCAGAGAGAAGCUGGCCGCCGACUGUGAGGAGAACGAGUACAUGAGCCCCACCUCCCUGCCCGUCUCUGGGGCUCCCUGGGUCAUAACCGGCUCACUGGUGCCGCCAGUUCCGGGACAAACAAACCACCUCCACUACAACAACAACGCCAGUGCGGAGGUCGCAGACAGCGACUCUGACGACCCACAGGUCUACGAGUCCAUGUGCAACAUCCAGUCCGAGUCGUCACAGAACUCAGAACCAGAGGCUGCUGCAGCGGCGGCUCCAGCCAAACCAGACGGCACCAGCUCUGAGGACAUUUACGAGUACAACUGUCCGCGACCCGUCGGGCCCCCGGCCCCGGCCAGGAGAGCCAUGUCUGACAUCAGCGCCACCGCCGCCUCCUUCAGCACGCUGAGCAUGGACGGAGCGCUGGAAGCCGGUCUGUUCGCGCCCGGCAUCGACCCGGACCACCCCCCCAAACCUCUACCGCGCCGGGCCAACUCGGACAGACGCGCCCGACCUCUGGCCCGGGAGCACCACGCGCCGCUGCCCGACGUGCCGGGUCCGGCCGCCUCGCCCGCUCCGCCGCCCGCCUCCUCGGCCCUGAACGGCGAGAUCGAGUGUCUGAUGUCGCAGGGCUACUCCAUCCAGGACAUUCAGAAAGCGCUGAUGAUCGCGCAGAACAACCUGGAGACGGCCAAGAACAUCCUGCGCGAGUUCGUCUCCAUCCCCUCCACGGCUCACAUCGCCACCUAGACCCGCGGGCACACGCACACGCACACGCACACACACACACACACACACACACACACACACACACACACACACACGUUUGUGCCAUUAGAUCAUGGGAAGCAUUUACAAGCACUUUGCUGCAGAUACGACUCACUCGGCUGAGAUGCUGCGUUCAGGUCGCGUCAGAAACCAGAGCUCGUGCUGCGUUCGGGUCCGUCAUUUCCGCAGAUUCAUGUCGUUUUGUGGUCGAUGUUGUGAUGUCGCUGCACAACUGAUGUCUCACAUCUUUGUGAGUGUUGUGAUGCAGAUACGAGCGGAUCAUUUUGCUCCUCUGUUGCUGCGGUAACCCCCUUCACUUCGACUCUGAAGUCCGAGUCCAACUGAAAAUCCCGAGUUUCAAAUCGACGCUUUCUUAUCCGACCAAGUCGCACUCAAAAGAUGAUUUUGUUCAAAACAUCUUUGAAGUUUCCAUUUCUACCUCAUGAAGUCAAAGAAGCGACCAGUCAUGACCUGGUGAUGUCAUCGGCCCCACGCGCCCGCUCUGCAGCGCCCCCUGGUGACCAUGAACGCAGCAUCUGUGGGGACCGUUGGAGUUGUUGCGUGUGGGCGCGUAAAGGGACCCUGCAGUUAGUUUUCCCCGCCAGCGUGUGGCGCUCCGCGGCAAUGAAUGUGCCGUUCCAGUGCAGUAUUGUCGAGCUUCGCGUCCCAGAGUGGCGGCGCCGCUCGAGUGCCGUCUCGUCCGUGGGACGCUUGUGUAGAACCUUCUAGUUUCUCAGCGCGGUGAACUUUGACUCGUGCUGUCAGACCCGUGAUUUCUAUGUUGUUUACCUGCCAGCUCCUCGCUGGAGAGACGUACCACACCGGAGUCAAAACACGAGUCGGAACGGUUGACGUGUCGGUGAAAUGCGUGACCGAAACAGAGAAACACACUCAACACACUCAACACAGACACUGCAACAUUAUGGCCCAACAGACGUCACAGCAGCGACACUACAACCGUGACCAAACCAGAGUUCGUAAUUACCAAGACGACACGAGGAUUCGACUGUACCGACAAUACACGAGUCGAAUCUUGACUAAACUGCACAGUGCCGACACAAACUGAGACCUGUAUAGGAUGGAACCGACACCAGACCAUCACCAUGAAGGUUCCGACACCAACUCACCGAAAGAAGCGUCGCUCUUGAGUGCCUUGAGUUGUCAGUCCGCUCGGCUGCGCCUCAGUGCUGCCCCCUGCUGGCUCAUGUUGGAAGAUCGUUGUGGCUCCUUUAAACCGCGGUGGCGCUUGGCAACGCUCGCAACGGCUGCGCACUGACGUCAUCAACGAUGCACAACGCUUCAAAAAGACUCGCGAGAAACGUGAAAAAUCACGUCAUUCUUUUACACUUGGAUUCGUGUUUAAAGUAAAGCGCUGCUCACUCACCGUUAAGGUCGAUAGUUUUGCGGAACAAAAGACUUUGGAUUCAAGGCUGUAGUACCACGUGUCAUCGCGAGGGGGCAGCAAAGCGCCGCUGUAACCGACCCGACGUGUUCCGUUCAAACCAAAUGAAGCAAACGUCAAACACAAGUUCUGAUUCACUUCAGAGAUUGUUAGUCUUAAAAAAUAUAUAUAUUCACACACACACACACACAGAGUCCGUGGUGCGUUCAGGGCCCUCCCGGAGCAGCGGCGACUGGCUGGUAACACAGGUGUCUAAUUAGCCUUCUAACGACGACUUGCCUACUAAACCUUGUUGCUUUGUUGUUCCUGUAAAUAUGAUUUUAUUUAUUGUCUGUUUAAUAUCCUCGUUCAGUUGCCAUGUUUUCAUGCCUAAGCCAUUAAGAUUUUUAAUUAAACAGUAUUUUCUUUAA